AUGGACGUCAGCGGUCGCAAGUUGAACAAAUGUUGCCAGGAGAAGCCCGUUCUAGACAAAGAGCUUAUCCGGCGACAAUUGGCCUCCUGUCCGUUUCCCAUAGACAAGGCUGAACUUCAAUACCGUGUUCUCUUUACCGAGGUGAUGAAAUGCUGCAAGGCGAAGGAUAUGCUGGCGGUGAGUCCAUUGGUUUCCAUUGUCGCGAUCAUUUCUAUCGACCGAAACAAACAAAGAGAACUUUUACAGCGGCUCUCGACCUUGGACAUUUCUUCCGGAGUGAAUGCUCAUAUUAAUCUAGGAUUUGCCUGGUUCGAGCUGUUGAAAUAUUGCGAUCUGAAGUAUAUAUAUCAAACGGUGUUGGAUUUGUGUAUGUCUUCUGAACAGAAGGCCGAAAUCGAAAAAAUAAUGAUAGAAUUGGACUUGUGGAAGAAUAAACUGGAACUGGUCAAUUAUCGUUCUUUAUGGCAUAUUGUUUCAGAUGAGUUCGUCCUUGACUUUUUUUCAGACCCGACCUUUUUUGGCCCACCAAAAAAUGUUCCUGGUGAAGAAGGAGUGGGCGCUGAUGCAGCAUCUUCGAGCGAUGAGGUUGGACCAUCCACGAGUGGGCAAAGUGAAGAUGGGAUUGACGGCAACAGCCAUUAUGAAGGCAAAGAGAUAGUUGAGAUAGAAGCAGUCUUGGAAGCUCUUGAAAGUCAAGGAGUCACUACUCAGUACAUAAAGAUUCUUCAUGAACUGCAGAGAAAUUUCGAGACCAAGAUGUCCCCGCUCUACAACGAUAUUAACAUUGACGUCAGAAGAGAGGUUAGGCAAGGCGACACCAUCUCGACGAAAUUAUUUCUCGCCACCAUCCAGAACGUCACGCGAACAUUGGAAUGGGAUAAUACGAGAGUGAAAAUCGAUGGUCGGCAGUAUCAUCAUCUUUGUUUUGCUGAUGUUAUCGUCCUUAUAACACCAAACAUUAGCCAAGCGGGACGUAUGCUUGACGACUUUGAUAGAGCCUGUAGAAAGAUUAGUCUUCGACUAAUUUCGCAUGCUCCAUUCACGUUGUACAGAACGAAUAAUUUCCGAAUGCUCCAGUUAUGUCUAUCUAGGUCGGAAAUGAAUAUGAUAAACGACUUAGCUCCAGAGCUGAGCAAAAGGAAACGAGCGGCUUGGGAGCUUUCAAGAGCAUUGAGUAUGUAG